AUGUCUAACGUCAAACAGUUGUUUUAUGGGACAAUAAUACACUCCUUGUCUCUAGACAAGCUGCAUAUCAUAAAGAAUGGAUUAUUAAGCGUAGACGGUGACGGCAAGAUUGUUUCAUUGCAAGAGAACGUGGAAGCAGAGGAAUUGGAUAGUAUUUUGGAAGGCCUGGCUGAAGAUUCGAAACUCAUACGAUUAUCCGAAUGGCAAUUCAUAAUGCCUGGUUUUAUAGACACGCACACGCACGCUCCUCAGUAUGCCAACGCAGGCACAGGAAUGGAUCUCCCACUACUGGAGUGGCUUGAAAAGUAUACAUUUCCGUUAGAACAUUCGUUCUCAUCAACCGAAUUCGCGGCAAAAAUCUAUCCUCGCUUCGUCUCCCAUCUGCUUCGCAACGGUACGACGACCGCCGUAUACUAUGCAACGAUUCAUCUGGAAUCUUCAAAGUAUCUAGCAGAAACGGUAAAAGGUAGUGGUCAGCGAGGUUUCAUUGGCAAAGUGAACAUGGAUAGAAACUCUCCUGAAUACUACGUAGAGAAUAGUAACGAUAGUGUACUGCAUACAGAAGAGUUUGUGAAAUAUGUGCUUGAUCUUGAUGCGGGCGAAAAUCUAGUACAGCCUAUAGUGACUCCGAGGUUUGCCAUUACUUGUACGGAAAAGCUUAUGACUGCUCUCGCUGACAUUGCAGCAAAGUAUGAUGUCCCUAUACAGUCUCAUUUAUCGGAAAACACUGCGGAAAUCGCGUUUGUCUCCGAACUGUUUCCAGACAUAAAGGAUUAUACAUCGGUAUACGAUCAUCAUAAAUUACUCAAUCAUAAAACGAUCAUGGCUCAUGGAGUGCACCUGACGGAUGAUGAAAGAGAUCUGCUCAAGCAACGCAAUGUUGGUAUAUCUCAUUGCCCUAAUUCGAACUUGGCUCUUCGAUCCGGUGUGUGCAAAGUUCGCCAAUUAUUGCAAGAUGGUAUCAAAGUCGGGCUCGGGACUGAUAUAAGUGGUGGAGGAAGCAAGAGUAUCUUGGAUGCUAUGCGUAGAGCGAGUGCAACCAGCAGAGUUGUUGCUAUGACAGAUGGGAAUGGGGAACAUCUUAAAUUAUCCGAGUUGGUUUUCUUGGCCACAAUGGGUGGAGCAGAGUUGGUUAAUUUGCAAGACACUGUUGGGAACUUUAAAGUUGGAAAGGAUUUUGAUGCACUUUUGAUCGAUCCUUGUGCAGAAGGAUCUCCUAUCGACGUUUUCGACAUGGACGAUACUGAGCGUGUAUUUGAAAAGUUUAUAUUUUUAGGUGAUGACAGAAAUAUUAUAGACGUCUUUGUUAAGGGACGUAGAGUUUCUGGUGGUGGUAUAUCGGGUCUCUCUACGGCUUGGUAUCUCUCACAAAGUUUGCCAAAGUCAUGUAAAAUAACAAUAAUAGAAGCAUCAAACAGACUUGGUGGGUGGAUACAGUCGAGACGACAUGGAGAGCAGGGAAUACUCUUUGAGUAUGGUCCACGAACAAUAAGACCUGGUGGGCUGGGCGGGCUAGCCGUAUUGGAGUUGAUAAAAUGUCUUAAUCUCACACCUUCUCUCAUAACCAUACCAAAAACUCAUCCUGCUGCUCUUAAUCGUUACAUUUACUAUCCCGACCGUCUCAACAAGUUACCUCAUUCUCUUCUUUCUCUCGCUCCGUCUUUAUCUCGUGCUUUCAUCCGCAAGGCAAUUCCAGGCAUCCUUCGUGAACCCUUUGUCAAACCUGCCAACACUGAUGACGAAUCUAUCGGCGCGUUUAUGGCCCGUCGGUUUAACUCUCACAUUGCCGAUAAUAUACUGAGUGCUGUGAUACAUGGAAUAUAUGCUGGAGACGCUAACCAGUUAUCCGUCCGUUCUGUCCUUCCUUCUUUGUAUUAUUAUGAACGUUACUAUGGAUCAGUGUUAAAAGGACUAAUGAGAGGGUUGAAAGAAGUGGGAGAUAAGAGGGAAUUGGAGAGGGAACUUGGAGAAUGUGUAGGAGAUUUAAUGAAUGAUAUGAGUAAAAUCAGCAUAUUUUCAUUUAAGGAUGGAAUUCAGAUGAUGGUCGAUGCGCUGGAAAGGGAACUGAAAAUGAAAGAGAAUGUAACUAUUAAAACUGGUGAGAAGGUUGUCAAACUUGAAAUUGAGAAUGAGAAAGCCAAGGUCCAUACAGAGUCAUCCGUCUUCUCAUCAUUGCACAUUAUAAGCACAUUACCAUCUGAUAUACUCUCACAUAUUCUCACACCCACCCUUCCUCAUCUGUGUCAAACACGCUCAGCUACUGUGGCAGUUGUUAAUCUAGCGUAUUCGGAUCCAUCUCUUCUUCCGGUUACUGGAUUUGGUUAUUUAAUCCCGGCAUCAACACCAAAUAACAUUUAUAGCGCUCUCGGGGUCGUGUUCGAUUCUGAUGCACUUCCAUCUCAGGACAAAGUAAAUAUAACCAAGCUGACAGUGAUGCUGGGAGGACAUUAUUAUUCCGGAAUGAAUUCGAUUCCAAAUGAAGAUGAAUUGCUGUCUCAUGCGCGAUGGGUUGUAUCGAACCAUUUGGGAAUAGGAGAAGAACCGAUGCUGUGGAAUGUUUCUAUUCAGAGGGCAUGUAUCCCACAGUAUCGAGUGGGGCAUCUUGACAGAAUGCGGGAAUUACACCAUUCUAUUAGGAAUACGUGCGGGGGAAGGCUGAGUGUAGCGGGAGCCAGUUAUCUGGGCGUUAGUGUUAAUGACAUUGUGUUGAAUUCGCGAAGGUUAGCCGGAAGAGUCGUUGAGUGGAUAGAGAGGAGGAAAUCAAAUGUUACUGGGUUAGAAGGUGUGGAAGAAAUCCCGGCGCCAGUGUGA